CGCAAUUUCUUGCACAUUUCUCACGAUGGCCGCUACUCGGGAACGUCGGUCAAAUGCCGGGCGACGAAUGGCCACAUUGCUGAACGAAGAGGAAGAGGAUGAAUUCUACAAAACAUCCUACGGUGGAUUCAACGAGGCGGUAGACGAUGGAGAUUAUGUUCAGAAAAAUGACGACGAAGAAGAUAUCAUCGAUUCCGACUUCAGUAUCGAUGAAAACGAUGAACCAAUAUCCGACAUGGAAGAGGAACCGGCCAAGGGUACCAAGCGCCGCAAAAUGGGCACGGUAACGAAGGCGUACCGUGAACCGGUCCCCAAAAAACAGGCACCCAAAACAAAGGAAGCGAAGCCGAAAAAUGAAAGACAAUCGACACUCCGCAAGCGGCCAAAGUUUACCGUAAUUGAUUCGGGUCGCAAAUCGUUCCGGAAGUCGACUGCGGCAAAAACGGCUGCAACACAGAGCCGGUUAAAGCAACGUUUCGAAGCAGAACGUAAACGGACACGAGUCAUACGGACGGAGGAAUAUAUCCCAACACAGGAGGAACUGCUUGAGGAGGCAGGAAUUACAGAACGAGAAAAUCUCAAAUCGUUGGAACGCUUCCGAAGGAUGGAACUAGAGAAACAAAAAAUUAGACCCACGAAAAAGAAAUUUACCGGUCCAACGAUACGCUAUUUCUCCACUGCCAUGCCCAUCAUUGAGGAGGUUUACGACCAAAAUACCGAUGUAGACCCGCUAAGCAUAAGCGAUCCAAAGGAGGCGGAUGAUACGGGCGAGAAAACGGCAAGAGAUAAGUCCGUAAAACGAAUGAAAAAGAAAUCAACCGUAAUGGAGAUAACAGGCCAGUACGAGCGAACCUUCAUCACCUUCGAAAAUGACAUCGACAACAAGGUGUUCGAUUCGUACUUUCCCAAACCGGACACAACCCGGAAGCACCGUCAGAUAUGUGCCGUCACACGGCUACCGGCUCGUUACUACGAUCCCAUCACGCAGCUACCGUACCGGAACAUGCAAGCAUUUAAAAUAUUGCGCGAAGCGUACUACCAGCAGCUAGAGGAGCGUGGAAACACCGACAAUCCGGUCGUGGCACAAUGGUUAGAAUGGCGCAAAAAGAUAAAAGAAUAUCGGGUGACGACGAUGAAGAAAAUGCAGUCCUCUGCCAGCACGAAUCCGAAACCGCCCGCCGCUAGUACAGCUGGUGGUAGUCCAAUGAAAAUAGCCGCUGUGGAGGUAGGGACGACGAAAUGA